AUGGAGAAAAUAAAUACGGAGCUGUUGAUAAGUUUAGUGGAAGCGAGACCCGCUUUAUGGGAUAAAACACUUGACACAUAUAAAGACAAAAAUUUAAAGUCGUCAGCAUGGAGAGAGAUAUGUUCUCUGUUAAAGGAGAAUUUCGAAGAUAUGGAACAAAAGGAGAGGCAGGCUUUUGGUAAGCUGAUUUUAAAAAAGUGGACAUACAUUCGAGACUCGUGGAUGAAAGCAUUGAAAAAACAUAAAGACCAAAAAACAAGUGGCACAUCGACCAAACCUUCAAGACUUUAUAUAUAUAAUGAGCAGAUGUCAUUCCUGAAAAAAAUUACAGAUUCAACUGUUUGUCAUGAAAACACUAAUAAUGAAAAAUAA